UGGACACUAAGCGACAGAGAUGACUCCUGCACAUCCACUCGUCCUCUUUGUGUUAGGACUCUUCCAGACAGGUCUAACAUCUGUUAUCCAGUCUGUGGAGACUGUGGAGGAGGCAGUGGGAGAAGAUGCUCUCCUCAGCUGUCAGAUCCUAAAGUCUGAAAAGGUGGUGCAGGUCACAUGGCAGAAACAGACGAUGGAUGACGUGACCAAUCUCGCCACCUCCAACACUAUCUUUGGCUCCAGGGUGAUGUCAGACUUCAGAGACAGAGUGGAGGUGAAAGAUGAUGGACUGCACAGCCGCUCCAUAGUGAUCAAGAAUGUGACGGAGGAGGAUGAAGGCUGCUACCUUUGCCACUUCAUCACCAAGCCUGCUGGAGCACUCCCUGGCAGAACCUGCCUCAGGGUCUAUGAGCUGCAUGAACCCGUUCUACACGUGAGAGAAUCAGAUUCAACUGAUGAGUUCCUGGUUUCCUGCUCCGCCACAGGACGACCUGCUCCAACCGUAACUCUCAACGUCACACAGCAAGACUUCUACCUCUCACAGAACCAAACUGUGUUGAUCAACACAAACGGUACAUUCACUGUCACUGCCACAGCCGUGUUGGCAGGUUUCCAUGAUGCUGGCAGACUGGUUGGAUGUGCUGUGCAGGUGCUCUCCUGUCGUAAAGAGGCGUUUGAGGAGAUUCCUGAAGUGAAACUGAUGCCUACUAGUGGUUUGGAUGAGGGAUCUGGAUCUGCUGCAUUCAUCGUGAUGUGGAUUGGGGUAGUGAUCUGCCUUUGCACUGCUUCAGCUUUAGCUGUCCUGAUAACACGAAAACUAAGGAGCAGAUCCUUCAGUCUGUCACACAGAGACCAGGAGAUGACUGAGGUUCCUCAAACUGCAGACGCUGAUACGGUCAAAGUACCUUUGUUCACACCAAAGAAGACUCCGGUCAGAGAACGGACACCUCAUUUGAAAUCACAGCAGAGAAAAGAGACAGACCCUGAGUCGUCUUCAACAGCCAGAAGACUUCAAUCUGACCAGGUCAGAGUAGCUUUGUUCACACCAGAGAAGAGUUCGGUCACAAAACCGACACCUCAUCGUAAAUUGAUGAAAAAUAAAGAGAUAGACCGCCAGUCGUCUUCAACAGCCAGAAGACUUCACUUUGACCAGUAGGUGGACCUCAGGUCUCUACUGAAAGUCCAAUGUAUGGGGUAUCCAGCACUUCUACAUCAGUCUUCAGACAUGUCCUGUGGUGAAUCUCUAGAGAAUUGGAUCCAGACUUUUUCUCCACAGUUUUCCUUUCACACAUGCACGAUGCAGUGGAGGGUUUUCUAUACCGACGGGUUCACAACAACAACAAAUCCUCCGGUUUGGAAUCCAGAGACAUGGACCCACAACUAUUAUUACGUUUUCAUCGAGCAUUUCUGUUUUGACCUGUGCAGCUUUUUCCGUCUUUACGGUAGUAAAUCCUGAAGAGAUGUAGUGAAGAGAAGUGAAGAAAAGGAGAAACUCAAAGUACAUCUUUUUAUUUUAUUCUAAAAUUAAGCACGUUAUUUCAAGAUGCCUUUUUCUGAAGCUCCUCACGCAGUCAAGUGAGAACUUAAAUGUCAUGAAUCAAUGUUUAUCUGUAUGAAUCUGUAAAGUUUAAAUUUGACAUUAUAUUUUAAAAACUAUAUUUUCUUCAUAUAUUUUUUCGAUCAAUUGUAUUUUUCUUGUGAUACUUCACAUAUCAGCUGCUCAAGAAUCACAAGCCUAAAUAACUUUCUAUGAGACUGGAAGUGGGAGGAGAGAAUUAACUGUCACAGGGGAGGAGACUAGAGAAGGGGGGGCUGUGGGUGUGUCCUCUUCAAGCCCUUUGUUUGAGACCAUGCUGACGCACCAGUAAGUUUGUCUGUUGUCUUCUAUGAUUAGAGGAUGUUUAAACACAGUGCAGCCUAAUUUAGCAUAUUUCUGACUCAACAGACCAAGCUGUAUUGUUACCAAGCAGACAGCACCACAAAGGAGAACCAGCAAAGUGGUUUAUUGUUCUGUAUUUAAUUAUAUUUUUCAUGAACGGGACCAAAGGAAGGCCUGAAGCAUUACUUCUUAACGUCGCAUUAAGUUGUACGCAGCAGUUAGCACUUUUGUUGUUGUAUUUAUUGUUUUGGUAUGGAAAGAUGUUGUGUUGUGUUUUGUUCAUUGAACAGAAAUCAUCCCUUCCUCUAUCCUUCAUCAACCUUAGCACUAUAAAUGGUUAAAUGGCUCUUGGAUCCUUGUGUGUGAAUGUGCAAACCAGCUAGAGGUUCUAUGGUCCAGAAAUACAGCAAAACUGAAUAAAAUAUAAUUUAUAGUCUU